UUCUAUUUUGUAUGUAAAGCUUCGUUCAUUCCUCCCCUUUACUAUUAUCUGAUCUCAAAACAUCAAAAAAAAUGGAGCCUAUGUUCCUUUGUUUCUUCUUUCUCUUCACCCUCACUUCAUCACAAUCCAUUGAUUCAUCACCAAACAUGCAGCCUACAGCUUCUUCUCAAGUAAACUCACUAAUUACUCAUUCUUCAUACCCUCCUGGAUAUGAACACUCAGCAAUAUCUCCGUCAUCAGAAACAGAAUCAGUUAAUUCUGGCAUCUCUUUUCCUCCUUCAGAUGCUCCUUCACCCUCACCAUCUAAAUCAGAACUAGAAUCAGAACCGGAAUCGGAAUCAGAAUCAGAAUCAGAAUCAGAAUUGUCUUCCUUUGAACCAUCAGAAUCUUCUUCCAUUUCCACUGAUUCUAUUUCCUCUAGUGAUCAAGCAGCCACCUCCGGUCUAUCUUCUUCUCUUAUGUCCAAUACUCAAAACGACGACGGUGCAAGUGCUAAUCAUGAUACUACUAUAAAGAAAAUAUGCGACAAUACUGACUACCCUGAUCUUUGCACCGCAACUGUUGCUCCAUUUAUGCGUGGAGGUGCUGUCAAUGUACAAAAAGCACUUGAAGUAGCUAUGAAGGCAAGCGAUCAGUUUGCCAAAUUGGGAUUUGCAGCUGUGAAAAGAGCUUCUGAAUCCCCUGCUACUCCCCCUAACACUAAAAAAAUGCUUAAAACAUGCCUUGAUAGUUGGGAUACUGUUUUGUACAAUUACGAGCAAGCUACUGAGGCUCUGCGUAUUCAUGACAGUGGACGUAUGAGCACUAUGCUCAGUGCUGCUAUUACUGAUAUUUCAGAUUGUGAAGAUGCUUUUGAAGGUGUGAUUUCUCCUUUGAUUGAGUAUGGUGAAAAGAUGAUCAAAAUGACUAGUAUUUGCCUAGCCAUUGUUUCACAAAUCGCGAGUUAGAUCACAAAAAUUUCUUAUUUUUCACAACACACAAUUGAUCCUUAAUCACCCCGCGUAAUAUUUUUGUAUUUUGUUGGUCUAUUAUUAUGUAUGAGUAGUAGGAUAUACAUAGGAACUUCCGCUUUGCAGAAAUAUAAGGGAAAUAGGCUGAAUACAGGCCACCCUUCCCCUAUUCUUGCAUUAGUUUGUGCGCCAUAACAACAUUCCAUAUGAUCAUAUCAUUCUUCCGUAUAGGAAUUCAAUCGUUUUAAUUCAUUUGUGUUA